CACUGGCAAAUGAGCACAUAAGGUUUAGAAUAUUUUCUUCGUCCAAAAUUACGAGAUAUAAGGUGGUUUGACAGAAAGGCAGGUUAGGAGCCGCGCUUCAACCUUGGUUGAGUCAGAGCCAGAGCCGAUCAGCGCCGAUCGACGUAAUGGAAAGAAUUUCUUAAUACCCCGAAUCAGCCGCAAAUACUAUUCGCCAUCCGCACAUACCUUGAUGUUGUGUGUACCUGUGUGCACGCAUCAGCGAGCGUUGGCACUUUUUAUUCUUUUUCCUCAAUCGUAAAAGCUUCUACUUUCCAUACAGCCAAUCGAGCCGCAAUAGUCGGUUUUUUCUAUCUCUUUCGCUACCUCUCUGACAACAAAUAAUAUCAACUUGCGGAGAUUCUGCUGCAUGCGUUAUAACUUUCUCCAAUAUAUACUGGGGGCGACAGUGCCGCAGGAAACGGCACUUACACACAUACACUCCGCAUCUAUCAGCCGCUGAAAAACAUUUGACUGCCGUGCCGCUGCCGACUAACUACGCCAGAGGAAGAUUGUGUUCGCCCGUGCUUGACGUGCUCCCGGCAGAAAUUCACAGCUGACGCGCGAAGACGGUAAAAACAAUACCGGACACGGACCGGCAGAAGGAUAUCGUCCCUUACGGCGAUUAGCGGCUAAUUAAUAUCCCCUUAUCAUCAUUAUCAUCCAUUCUCCGUUACACACUGUGGUUGCGCUUCAUUAAUCUCCAUAAAAAAUCCCUUAAUUUGGUCCCGGCGCAGCGUAUGUGUGUAUGUAUAGUGCAGCUCGAUGCACCGAUUUAUAUUACGCUGUAUUUCUUGGCGCUGUAUUUGCUAAGAUAACAUGUCCGCCAGCAUGAACGGCAGCCCGGGCAGUAACUCCGCACAGCUCAACAGCAUACAGGGUGAAAAUCAAUCGGCAAAUGGUAGUGCUCCAGUUUCAUCAUUGGAUGAUUCGGUAGCCGGCAAUGCCGCGGGACAUUUGUCAAAUGGCACUGCCGCACAGCAGCAGCAGCCGGCGCGUACAGCCAGUCCCAAUACGGAUCACCAUCAUCAGCAUCAUCAUCAUCAGCAUCAGCAUAUCGUGGAUGCAGUGGGCAAACGAGAUCACUUGACGAAUGCCACAAACACAGCCACGGUCAGUGUUAUCGCCAAUAUUAACCACGCUGCCGUGGCCUUUAAUGCCUUCGGAAUUCUGGAUGCCGCAUCCCUUAAUAGUCUUGAGGACCGCCGCGACUUGGUAUCUGUCGGGCAGUUCUCCUCGGCCUCAGUAUCGCCUUCAUCAUACUCGAAUGCCGCGCGCUUUUCCGGCGGUAGUGCCGAUUUUCAGCCUCCGUACUUUCCGCCGCCGUUCGCCCAGCAGCAGCUGGAAGCCUACCAUCCCCAUGUUGCCACGGCGGCCGAUGCGUACUCCCAUUUGAACACUUUCCAGACGCAUCAGUCCUGGUCGCACGCGGUAGCCCCACGCCGUGACGCCCAGGAUGCCCUGCACUCAUUCCAACCGACGGCCAACGGUCAGCUGCAUGCCUUCCAGGCCGGGGCCUACGAUACGCGCGGUCGGCCAGAUUUUCCGCAGAUCCGCCGGCCGGAUAUCUUGGUGCAUGCUGGGCCGCAUGGCGGCAUCGCCUCCGAGCAGGACCUUAUGACGCUCAGCUCGGCUAGUAUGCUGCAGCAGGUUAUGGAAGUGGACGGACAGGGCGUUGUCGAUCAUCACGAUGGUGGCGGUGGAGGCGGCUUUUCCAUGGUGAACGAGCACAGCACCGUGAUUCGCAAAGUCGGAAUUCGGACAAAAUCGGAAAAUGCCAAAGAAAUUGCCAUAAACAACGGCACAAUUAGUCACAUGGAUGUGUUCUGCUCAGUACCCGGUCGCUUAUCUUUGCUGAGCUCCACCAGUAAAUAUAAGGUGACCGUUGGAGAGGUUCAUCGCCGAUUAUCACCACCGGAGUGCUUGAAUGCAUCCCUACUUGGUGGUGUACUACGGAGGGCCAAAUCGAAGAACGGCGGCCGCUCGCUGCGAGAUAAACUGGAAAAGAUUGGUCUUAACUUGCCAGCUGGUCGUCGAAAGGCAGCCAACGUCACUUUGUUAACUUCGCUCGUUGAAGGCGAAGCGAUUCACUUAGCACGAGACUUUGGAUUUGUAUGUGACCAGGAAUUUCCUGCUCGCCACGUUGCCGAGUAUUGUUCGCGACAGCACGUCGAUCCCAGUGACAUUUACCGUCGUAAAGAACAAGUUCAUCAUGCAAAGCAAAUGCUCAAGGAACUCUCCGAUGUUUUAACACAAGACCGUUCACCACUUUGCAAUACCAGGCCGCAGCCGAUUCUCGAACCCGGUAUACAGCGUCAUUUGACCCAUUUCAGUUUGAUAACCCACGGAUUCGGCAGUCCGGCAAUAUGCGCAGCAAUUACUGCCAUUCAGAAUCAUCUCACAGAAUGUCUGAAGUAUCUGGAGAAGAAUUAUCCCGGUACCAUGAACGGUACGACCGAUAUGAACGGCGGCAAGAUGAAGGAAAAUGAGAAGAAAUAAUACAUAAUCUACAGUAGUAUUUUCCAAUACUGCAUGACACCAAUACUCGGAUGGGAAAAGAUGCUCGUGUCGAAUUCGUGUAUAAACAUCCCCGUAAAUCGUGAAACGCGUGCCAUGACAAGAUAAUACAAAAUCAAAGUCCUAAAAAUAAUUAACCCUAAUUACCGUACAAGUGGUUUUUUGCACAUGUUCGGGCUGAACAGGCUUUCGAUAUCCAAAACACGUACCGGUAUUUCGUAUUUUUUUCGGUAAUUUCGGGUUGUUUUUCUUUGUUUGUAAGAGUUUAAAAUUCAUUCUAGCGCAUUGCUGUUCGUCGCAAAAUGCAUGUGCAUACCCAUUUUGGUUUUGUUAUAUUUGUACGGAAUUUUUCGUAUUAUUUUUAAAUAUGAUUAAUAACUUCCUUGUGUACCUCGCAGCUUGUAUAGAACCGCACCUAAUCCGUCUACUGUGAAUGUCGAUGUUACAGUGUUUGCGUUCGAAGAUCAUACUAUUAUGUCUAUCAUAUUGCAGUCUGCUGCCAAGAAUCUUGCCAACAAGAAAUAAACUUAUU